UUAAAAGGCCACGGACACGGGAAUUCCGAAGACAGUCUCUCCAGGAAUGGCCAACUACUAUCGACGCAAGAAAGCCGACGCGGUGUUCCUCAACGCAAAGCCCCUGAAUAGUGCCAAUGCCCAGGCAUAUUUGUACGGGGUAAGGAAGUACUCCAUUGGAUUGGCAGAGCGCUUGGAUGCGGAUUAUGAAGCUCCUCCGAUGGACAGGAAAAAGAGCUCCGACAGCACGGCCUCCAAUAAUCCGGAAUUUACUCCGAGUGUUUUCUACAGGAACAUUGCUCCUGUCAACUGGUUCUUAAGGAUUAUUGGAGUAUUACCCAUAGUGCGACGUGGUCCUGCCCGUGCCAAGUUCGAAAUGAGCUCCGCCUCCUUUAUUUACUCAGUGGUUUUCUUUGUGCUCCUGGCGUGCUACGUGGGCUAUGUGGCCAACAACCGCAUCCACAUCGUUCGAUCCCUGAGUGGACCCUUCGAGGAGGCGGUGAUUGCCUACUUGUUCCUGGUCAACAUCCUGCCCAUCAUGAUUAUACCCAUCCUGUGGUACGAGGCCAGGAAAAUAGCCAAACUCUUCAAUGAUUGGGAUGACUUCGAGGUGUUGUACUACCAGAUUUCCGGACAUAGUUUGCCCUUAAAACUCCGACAAAAGGCGGUUUACAUAGCCACCGUGUUGCCGAUACUGUCCGUUCUAUCGGUAGUCAUCACCCACAUUACCAUGUCGGAUUUGAACAUCAAUCAGGUGGUGCCCUACUGCAUUCUGGAUAACUUGACGGCCAUGUUGGGUGCCUGGUGGUUCCUCAUUUGCGAGGCCAUGAGUAUUACGGCCCAUUUGCUGGCGGAGAGGUUCCAGAAGGCCCUGAAACACAUUGGACCCGCUGCCAUGGUGGCGGAUUAUCGGGUUUUGUGGCUUCGGCUGAGCAAACUUACCCGGGAUACUGGAAACGCCAUGUGCUACACCUUUGUUUUCAUGAGUCUUUACCUGUUCUUCAUCAUCACGCUAUCGAUUUAUGGACUUAUGUCGCAGCUCUCCGAGGGAUUUGGCAUCAAGGAUAUAGGAUUGACCAUUACGGCAUUGUGGAACAUUGGAUUGCUAUUCUAUAUCUGCGAUGAGGCGCAUUAUGCUUCGGUUAAUGUGCGAACCAAUUUCCAAAAGAAGCUACUCAUGGUGGAGCUAAACUGGAUGAAUUCGGAUGCCCAGACGGAGAUAAAUAUGUUUUUGCGAGCCACCGAAAUGAAUCCCUCGACCAUAAAUUGCGGUGGCUUUUUCGAUGUGAACAGGAGUCUCUUUAAGGGACUCCUAACCACCAUGGUCACUUAUCUGGUGGUUUUGCUGCAGUUCCAGAUCAGUAUUCCCACUGACAAAGGAGAUUCUGAGGGGACUACCAAUAUCACAGUGGUGGAUUUUGUAAUGGACAACUUGGAUAAUGAUAUGAGUCUAAUGGGAGCUAGUACUCCAAGCACCACCACUGCUGGAACCACUGUGGCACCACCAAUUGUGAAGCCAAAGGGAAGGAAGGGUUAA